AAGGCUCUACGCGCACCCCCUCCCAGAGCUGGCCAGACCCCAAGCAGCAAUCCCUGCGGGCUGCCGGGAGGAGGAGGAGUAGGAGGACGGCGAGCCAUGCCGGCCGAAGCUAUAGCGAGACCCAACGCGACCUGGUGGACUCCAGCCAACGGAUCCGGAUGCCCGGGCUGUGGUGCCAACGCCUCGGAUAGCUCGGACCCGGCGCCGCGGCUCCUGGACGCCUGGCUAGUUCCUGUGUUCUUCGCUGCGCUGAUGUUGCUCGGCCUGGUCGGAAACUCACUGGUCAUCUACGUUAUUUGCCGCCACAAGCACAUGAGGACGGUGACCAACUUCUACAUCGCCAACCUGGCUGCCACGGACGUGACCUUCCUGCUCUGCUGUGUGCCCUUCACCGCCCUGCUCUACCCGCUGCCCGCCUGGGUGCUGGGCGAGUUCAUGUGCAAGUUCGUGAACUACAUCCAGCAGGUUUCGGUGCAGGCCACAUGUGCCACUCUGACGGCCAUGAGUGUGGACCGCUGGUAUGUGACCGUGUUCCCGCUGCGCGCCCUGCACCGCCGGACCCCGCGCCUGGCGCUGGCCGUCAGUCUCAGCAUAUGGGUGGGCUCGGCGGCUGUGUCGGCCCCAGUGCUCGCCCUGCACCGGCUGUCGCCUGGACCACGCACCUACUGCAGCGAGGCCUUCCCCAGCCGGGCCUUGGAACGAGCCUUCGCCAUCUACAACCUGUUGGCGCUCUACCUGCUCCCUCUGUUCGCCACCUGCGCCUGCUACGGAGCCAUGCUGCGCCACCUGGGCCGGGCCACCGUGCGCCCCGCACCCUCCGACGGUGCCCUGCAGGGCCAGCUGCUGGCCCAGCACGCCUGCGCAGUGCGCACCAAGGUCUCCCGGCUGGUGGCCGCGGUGGUACUGCUCUUUGCCGCUUGCUGGGGCCCCAUUCAGCUCUUCCUCGUGCUCCAAGCGCUAGGCCCAGCUGGAGCCUGGCACCCCCGGAGCUACGCAGCCUACGCGCUCAAGAUUUGGGCCCACUGCAUGUCCUACAGCAACUCCGCGCUCAACCCACUGCUCUACGCGUUCUUGGGGUCGCACUUCAGGCAGGCCUUCCGCAGGGUGUGCCCUUGCACCCCUCGACGCCAGCGCACACCCCGUGGACCUCGACAUUCCCACUCCGCUGCACCCCACACCGAGCUGCAGAGCCUGGCCGCCCUCCCCGCUCCUGCCAGGAUGCCCGGGAAGGGUGCUGCAGACGCGCUGUGUGUCCUGAGUGAACACACUGCCCCUCUGUGAGCCGCCUCUGUGGGAAUCUGCACCCGGCCUGUCUGUAGCAGGGGUUUCUUCACGCAGGCACCCGCCCUGUUGCUGAUAUUUUAAAAACAUUUUUAUUUAUAAGCACAUGAGAGAGUGUAAGUAUUGGUGUGCUUCCAGCCACUGCAAAUGAACUCCACAUACGUGAGCCACUUUGUGCAUCUGGCUUUACAUGUGUACUGGGGAAUCGAACGUGGGUCUUUAAGCUUUGCAGGCAAGCACCUUAGCUGCUGAGCUAUCUCUCCAGUACCUAUUGUUAUUUUUAUCAUUGUUACACAUAACUGGUCAACGUGUUUUGUCCUCCUGAUAUAUAUGUUUGAGCCACGAUCUCAUGUAGCCCAGGCUAGCCUUAGACUUGAUAUGUAGCUGAGGAUGACCGUGACUUCC